GUUUGAUCGUAUAAUUCUGGCCUCAUUGCUCUCACUACGCGACCGUGUGCAUGAAGGCAGCAUAGCUGGACAAAAAAGAGCAGACUAAUCAAACUUCAAUCCUAAUCUCGCAGCCGCAGCAUUAUGUCGAACUACCGUCCCCGGGGAGCGAUAGCGAAAGUAUUUUUCGAUCGGCUACAUAACGACGAUGUUAUACAGCAGAUCGAUAUGACCACGUGGUAUACUAUGGGCAAACUGCCCCGAAAGUAUGGUAGCCUUUACCAUCACCUAAACGGUCCAGACGAGCUAACGCUCGAGUGGUUGGAACGGUCGAAGAAAACGUCCGGCCGGUUCUGGUUGCAGCUGUGCCACGAGGUAGCGAAACUGUUUCUCAACAUGUUCAUGACCCAGACCGACAUCAAUGGUUUCCUCAAGCGCGGAUCGAUGUUUAUACUUUCCGAAAUGCAGUUCGACCAGUUUCUCACGGCUGGUGGCUUUUUCCAGCAUCGCGAAAGGCAAUCAGCGCUUAGCGUAUGUGACAUCGGCGCUGGUGAUGGAGAGGUAACGUUACGCUUGGUGCACACGUUGCAGCAGAAACGCAACUGGCAGGUAACGACCUACGCCACAGAAUCCAGCUGGACGAUGAGAAACCGACUAAAUGAGAAGAAUUUCAUUGUGCUGGAGAAUUUAAACCAAAUUCAUCAAGCAGAUCUCAUCGUAUGUUUUAAUGUGCUUGAUCGAUGUUUCGAUCCACACGUUAUGCUUAGUGAUAUUUACGAAUCGUUAGAUCAGACGGGAUUCGCAUUAAUAGCGCUGGUGUUGCCAUACAGCCACUAUGUGGAGAAAAAUUCCAGCCAUUUACCGUUAAGAACGUUGCUGGAACCGUGGCCACCAGAGAAGCGGCUCACGGUCGAGGAGGAACUGGAAAUGUUCUUCGACGUGCUGCAGGCGGUCGGAUUCAAGAUACGGACAUGGACCAAAGCGCCAUACCUGUGUGAAGGUGACCUGCGCCAGUCGUUCUACUGGCUAACGGAUUACGUUGUACUGUGUUCAAAAUAAAUGUGCAAUCAUUCCAGUUAAAGAUAAAGGAACAAGAUUUAUGUGGUAA